AGAGAGACAUUCAAAAACAGACACACAUUUGCUUUAGUGUUGUAUUUGUCGGCAAUUGAAUAGACAACUAAUUUAUAGCUAACUGUUUGCAUAUACAGUAUAUACAAUAUAUUAAUAAAUCAAUUAAUUAAUAUCAUCGACAAUGUCUGGCAAAGCAGUUGCUGUCCUUAAGGGUGACUCUAACGUGACGGGAACCAUACGUUUCCAACAAAAGGGAGCGUCAGUGUUGGUCACGGGAACCAUCACUGGUCUGACACCAGGAAAGCACGGAUUUCAUGUUCACGAGUUUGGCGACAACACUAAUGGAUGCACGAGUGCGGGCCCGCACUACAACCCUCACGGCAAAGAACACGGAGCGCCAACCGAUGAUAUUAGACAUGUCGGCGAUUUAGGCAAUGUUGAGGCCGAUGCUAACGGAUUGGUUCAGAUCAACAUUGAGGACAAACAGAUUGCUUUGUCUGGCAAUCAAUCUAUUAUUGGCCGUUCACUUGUUAUUCACGCGGAUCCCGACGAUUUAGGUCGUGGCGGACAUGAACUAAGCAAAACUACCGGUAAUGCCGGCGGAAGACUUGCGUGUGGUGUCAUCGGUUUGACCAACAAUUAAACUGAAUUUAAUGGAUCACUGCUUUUAAUCAUUUAAAAAUGAUGAAUUAAUUAUAUAUUUUUAUAUAAAUAUUAGUAAUUUUUGAUUAUUUUAAUUAUUACCGUAAGUAAUGUAUAGGUGAAGACUUAAAUUUAACACAAUUUUAUUGUUUUUUAUUUUCCAAAAAUAUUAAUAAAGGCUAAAAAAUUUUACGAAAAAUCAUUUUAACGCUACUGUUCUCUAUAAUUAUUGCUAAAUUGUACAAAUCAUUACAAAGUUAUUUAAAAUAAACUAUU